CCGCGUCCUGUUCUUUCGCCCACCAUGUCCACCGAUACUGACAUUUCUCCUCGUGUCAACUCUGCACACAUGCAGCGCUUCAUCGGAAAGACAGUCAGACUGCCAUGCAAAAUCAAAACUUAUUCGAGCGAUGGAGGGAGCGCUACAGUAACGACAAGCGAUGAUGGGGAAGUUGUGGUUCACCUUAUACCAGACGCAGAGAUUACCGCGACUUACGCCGAGUUCAUUGGUACGGUGGUGGAUGCUGGUACGCUUAAGAUGAUGGCAGUGGUGGGGAUGGGCGAAGAUCUUGAUAUGGCCCUCGUCAACAAGGUCAUCGAAGUUAUCCACGACAAAAGAUUUUUCGAAAGAAUCUUCUCAUAGUUUUCAGCAACUCGAUCAACACUUGGCAUCUUGUAUCAAUAUGGCUUUAUCUGCAAUGCUCAUAACUUAUUCGUCCGCUGCAAUGAAGGUCUGCUAGGAACCCAUUCCAAUGUCCAUAGUGAAUAGACGACGUCGGGACGUCAGACAACGAAGCAUAUUCAAUCACGAAUCUCACUCCACUUUAAAGACACUUAUUUAUUGCCUAUACCCUCAAUUCAAGGUUAUGCAUUUCUGCCUGCCCGUAUUCCUUUUACUUAUUCGCGGAUCGUUAUGGAUCCGGAGGGUAAUCACUGGUAGGGAUGCCCCGACUUAAUAUUUAGGCAUAGUACCCAGUUACAUGCGUAGUCUGGAGACGGUUUAAUCGUCUCGCCUCCGACAGGUAAACACCGACUCGUCUUCGGUAGCACUGGAAAUUUUCGCUGUGUCACUAUCCUAUUCGGUUCCCAG